AUUGUUUAUAUGGAUUUAUACUCCCAUUAAAAUAAGUUCGUUAACUUUUCGUUAUAUAAAGGCUAGUUUUAUAAAAAGUUGGGUUAACAAAUUUUCACUUAUGUGCAUUCAAACUUGUAUUAAUAAUAAAAUAGUUUGAAUAUAAACUUUAAUUAUAAACAUAUUUAAGCUCGACCAUUUGAAUAUUCACCUUUUUAUGCUCCAUUUAUAUAGCUGUAAUAAACAAUUUUUUCAGGAAUACUAUAUGCACAAAAGAGGUCACGGCCUUAAUCCCACCGGUAAACUUCAUGAUAAGGCAGUUAACGCUAGAAUCAAACUGAAAAGUUUCAAAAGGAAACUCGUGAGUGAGAACAAGGAUCAUGACACAACAGAAAUUGAUCCCGAGUUAAAUGAAGCGGAUAUUCCCUAUAACUCUGAAAUUGAAGAAACUAUUGCUUGGCUCAAACACAACAAUGAACCAUGGUCGGAAGUUCAAAAAAGAUGGAAGAAAGUAGCGAGGCAAAGACAUCGAGAUAUUCAAAAUAAUUCCUUAAAUAUCUUCUCAGAGUGGCCACUCUUCAAACAUUCUCUUGGACAUACACUUGUUGAAAUUGACUAUGAAAUUUUGAAACCCAACAAUCGAUCGCAACUAUUUCAGCUCUGGCCUUCAUUUACUGCAAGGAUUGUUCCACUUUUACAACAAAAACUAAAGGAUAAAGCAUCGUUGGCAUUUUUAAAGAAUUUUGAAAAUAUUGAUGCAAAUUCUCGUGAUUUUUUUAUUCUCUCUUCAAUCCAUGUCCUUUUAAAACCACCAAUAAUAUCUGUUGGAAAAAAUGAAUCAAAGAAAUCAAAAUGGAAACCAUCAAUUAAGGAUGCCCAGGACUCCUGUUUUUUAUAUUGCUCUUCGAUUCUUGAUUAUACGGUCAAAGUAGAAAAUUUACGCCAAAAAUACCACACGAAGGGACUAACAUUGCAACCGAUCAUUAUAGUAAUAGGUAAAGAAAAAACAGAACUUGAAUAUUUUUACAGUUACUAUGAUGACGUUUUGUACAAAUUUUCUACAUUGCUUAAAUGCUUAGAUUCAACAUUUAAACUUUUUCAUGUAUUAAAUUUUAAUUAUCCGAAAGAGGGUAAGCAAUUGUAUUUAUUUCUUGAAAGCUUUUUUUACAAUUUUGCUUGCCAACCAAAUGCUAAUAUAAAUAGCCUUACAUGUAGUUUGCGUCAGUAAAACAAACUUUUUUGUAACAGAAUGCAAAGUUAUUUAAUUCUUUAUUAGUUUUAUUAUUAAAAGACAGUAGAUCUCAAUUCAAUCAUUAACAUUUACAUUCUUUGCACAUUAAAUAUUAUUUGUAAUUGACUUUAUAACAUUAAUCACAAAGUGAAUUUCUUUCUUAUUCUAAUUUUACUACCUUAUAUACUCUUUAAAUUAUUUAAUACUUAAUAUUUUAUCUUUCCUAAAAAACUUAAUUUUACUCAAAAUACGUUAUCAUUGGCUUUUUGUCAUUUUUCUCUCUUACCAAAAUGAAAUGUUUUUUGUGUGUUCAAUCAAAUGUUAGUUUUUCCUCCAACAGUUUAAUUAGCCACUUAAAAUCUGACCACAUCUUAAAAGGUUUGGAUUUUUUUGUAUGCUCAGAAAAAGGCUGCUUCCAGAAAUUUCAAAAUAUAUAUACUUUCAAACGUCACUUGCAAAGAGUUCAUGAAAAUAAAACUUAUAAAUCUAAAACAAACCCUACGUCUUAUGAGCAACCUCAAACCACUUUAAAUUUCUACAAAGAAAGCGAUCUGAGCACAACAAGUGUGAGUCCAAUUAAUAUUAUUAAAGAUAAUAUUCCAACAAACUUCCUGCAAACUGAAUUAACAAACGCUUUUCCAGACGAAUUAGCUGGAAUUGUUUUCGCACUUUCACUACACAAUAAUGAUAAUUUUAAUAGAAAAAAUGUUUCUGAUAUCAUUGAAAAAGUUCUAAAGAAUGUUAUUAACCCCCUUAUAAGAGCUGUUGCUUUAAAAAUUGUACCUCUAGUUGAAGCCGAAAACAAUAGGGCUUCUUCCAUUCAUUUACUCGAUGAGCUUUGUAUUCCUUUUAAAUCUGUCAACACUGAAUACAAAUUAAUGCAAGAACUAGAAACUAAAAAUUUGUUUAAAAAACCACUCUAUUACACAAUCAAUGAUGAAGUAUGCGAAGUAAUCGUCAAUAGCAUUCCCACGCUAGAUUCUAGUAAGGUUACAGGUGUAAUAAUGCCUUUGGAGUUUCAAAUCCAACAAUAUUUUCAGUGCAAAAAUGUUUUACUUGAAACCUUAGACAAUACAAAUAUGUUAAAUAAUAGUGCUCCUGGUGUAUAUUCGAGUAUAUUAAAUGGAACAGUUUGGAAAGAAAAGGCACGCAAUUUCGAGGGUAAAUUAAUCAUUCCCUUUAUUUUAUUUUUGGAUGAUUUUUGCAUAGACAAUCCUUUAGGUUCACAUGCAAAAGAUCAAUCAAUCUGUGGUGUAUAUUACAGUUUUCCAACUAUUCCUAAACAUCACUUAUCAAAAUUGAAGAAUAUUUUUGUGGCUGGCUUUUUUAAAACAAAAGACAGAUCAUUAUUUGGCAAUUCGUUUGCAAUUAAACCUUUUGUUGAGCGUAUAAAAUCUUUGGAAACUCAUGGUUUGGAUGUACAUGUAAAUGAUAAAAGUUACCACUUAUACUUUGUCUUGGCAUUUGUCACCGGGGAUAACCUAGGUCUAAAUACUUAUUUAGGAUUUUCAGCCAGCUUUAAUUCAAACUUUUACUGUCGAGUCUGCAAAAGAAGCAAACUUGAUAUGCAAUCUGACGUAAUUGAGCAUCCUUCGUUCUUACGUAAUCAUGAAAAUUAUGAGGCUGAUCUUGAAGCAAAGUCCGAAAAAUUAACCGGCAUAAAAGAAAAAUGCGUUUUUAAUGAAAUCAAUUCCUUUCAUGUUACGCAAAACUUUUAUUUUGAUAUAAUGCAUGAUAUAUUCGAGGGUAUUUGCAGGUAUGAUGUUUCAAAAAUCUUAGUUAAUUUUAUAGAAACCUCAAAAUUUUUUUCUAUUGAUGUUCUUAACGAUCGUAAACUGUUGUUUGACUAUGGCGAAACAGAGACAGGUAACAUCUCCACUCCAUUUGUACUUUCGUUGUUAAAAGUUAACAAUUUAAAAAUGACUGCUCGCGAAACAAUGACUUUAAUUCAUUUUUUGCCAUUAAUGAUUGGAGAUCUUGUUCCAGAAAACAACAAAGUAUGGGAACUUCUUAUAACACUUGUUAAAAUAAUUGAUUUAAUACUCUUAUCAGAAAUAGAUGAAGUAAAGUUGAAGUCCUUGAAGCAUUUAAUCUCUAAACAUAAUACUUUGUUUAUAAAUACAUUUAAAGAGCCUUUGAAACCAAAGUUUCACUUUCUGGUGCAUUAUCCAUCUGCAAUUCGAAAGUGCGGACCACUUAAAAUCUUAUGGUGCAUGCGAUUUGAAGCUUUGCAUAGACUAAACAAGCAGUCUGCAAAAGCUACGAAUUCAAGAGUAAAUAUUUCGUACACACUUGCGUUCAAAGCUAGUCUUAAGUUUUCUGAUACCCUAGUUAAACAAAAUUUUUUUGAAAAUACUUUUAUUUUCGAUGAAAAAUCAGUUUAUACACACAAUUUAAAUCUUUCUUAUAAAAACAUUAACUACAAUAAUCUAAGCAUUGGUCAUUGCGAAGUGAAGUGCAUAUCAAAAUUAACAUAUAAAGGAAAAACAUACAAAGAACAUUUCUUUUUAACUAAAAUUGCAGAAAAAUCACAGCUUUUUGAAAUUCAAAAAAUAUUAAUUGAUGAAUCAAAAUAUUACUUUCUAUGUCAGGAGUGGAACAUAAAGUAUUUCAGUGAA